GGAAACCACAACCCUGUGACCUGAAGCGUGAUGAAUGUGGGAGGUGGAAGCAAAUGAUGCUGCAGGAAUGAUGCUGCUGAAAGCUGUUUGUCAUGGUUAUCUGAAACAGAGAUUCAGAAAGCAAAAUACCAGACCAUUAGUACCAUCCACAACUCACCGAAGUUUUCCCCUCCCACUGCUCUUCUUCAAAGAAAACAAGGCUGCCGUUUGCAAAGACAGUUCAUCUGGAGAAAUUUUCCAGCACAGGUGGACCUGGCUGAGGCUUUCAGGGAGCAGAAUAGAAUACUGUAGGUGUGACAGCGGGCGGAGUCGCUGCCACACAGUGCCUGUCAGAGCCUGCACUAGAAAUAAAUGCUACAAUGGGGGCCAAUGUUCACAGGCAUAUUAUUCCCCACAGCUCUUCAUCUGCCAGUGCCACCAAGGUUUCUCAGGGAAGCAGUGUGAAAUAGAUACUGAAGUUAAAUGCUACAAAGAUGCUGGAGUAACAUACAGGGGUACAUGGAGCGUGACAGAGAGUGGAACUGAAUGUUUAAACUGGAAUAGCAAUGACUUGAUGGACUGGACAUACAACGGCCAAAGAGCAGAUGCUGCUGAGCUGGGAUUAGGCAAUCACAACUACUGCAGAAACCCAGAUGAGGACUCUAGACCUUGGUGCUAUAUCUAUAAAGGGGGAAGGUACACCUGGGAACACUGCAGUGUGCCCUCCUGUUCAAAAGUUACGAGCACCAGCUGCAGAUCUGGGAGAGGCUCAGACUACCGAGGCAGCCACAGCAUUACCAGUUCUGGAGCUACCUGUCUGAAGUGGAAUUCUGUAAUCCUUUUCAACAAGCGAUUUACUGCUUGGAGAACAGAUGCUUACCAGCUGGGCCUUGGUAGUCACAAUUUCUGCAGGAAUCCUGACAAUGACAGCAAGCCCUGGUGCCAUGUCCUGAAAGGAAAUCAGCUCACAUGGGAGUACUGCAAUGUGCCUACUUGCUCCACCUGUGGCUCGCGGCAGCGCAGGGCCCAGCAGUUCAGGAUCAGAGGAGGCUCCUCCGCAGACAUCGCAGCCCACCCCUGGCAGGCUGCCAUCUUCGUCACCUACCGCCGGCUGCCCGGGGAGCACUUCCUCUGCGGAGGGACUCUCAUCAGCUCCUGCUGGGUUCUGUCAGCUGCUCACUGUUUUGAGGAAGGCUUUAGUACAAAUCAGCUGAAGAUUGUGCUGGGUAGGACUUCCCGAGCCACUCCCGAGGAAAAUGAACAAACGUUUCAAGUGAAGAACUACAUUGUCCAUCAGAGAUUUGACCCAGAAAAUUUCAACAAUGACAUUGCUCUGUUGCAGCUGAGCUCAGGUGCAGAAACCUGUGCUGUUGAGACAGACACCGUGCGAGCUGCCUGCCUCCCCACGCCAGAGCUGCAGCUGCCUGACUGGACCGAGUGUGAGAUCUCUGGCUAUGGCAAAAGUGAGGAAUUUUCCCCAUUCUAUUCAGAGCAGCUGAAGGAGGGCCAUGUCAGGCUGUUCCCGGCCAGCCGCUGCACGGCCCAGCACCUGGACAACCGCACAGUCACGGACAGCAUGCUGUGUGCAGGAGACACCAGGCACCUGGACGAUGCCUGCAAGGGUGACUCUGGAGGGCCCCUGGUGUGUAUGAAGGAUGAGCGCAUGCACGUGAUCGGAAUCAUCAGCUGGGGGAUCGGCUGUGGCCGCAAGGACAUGCCCGGUGUUUACACAAACGUGAGUCGUUACCUUGGCUGGAUCCAGGACACCACGAAACCCUGAGGAAGAAACAUGAACUCUUGGCAGUCUCGUGGCCGUGCCCUCACAACUUCCCUCUGGUGCCUUAAGGAUGCUGACAGGGCUUCCUGUUUGUCCACAGGCUCGUGACUUUCAGUACAACAGGAACACAAACUGCAGUGUGUGAGAGGGGCACGUUCCCAAAUCACCCUCCUUUCCAUAUUGCAGGUUACCAGAAACUAAUCCUCCUUUUCCCCCGACAUCCCCAAGCUUUCUACUUGCAUCAAAUCACAAGUACAAUUUAAAAUCAAUUUUGGGCCAAAAGAAUAAACCAAGAGAGAAGAACAUCAUGUAUCCCUGAAGCAGAUAUGUUGUUUGGGAAAUGGCUGUAAACUGAAGGCAAAGAGGACAGAUCUAAUUUCCUGAAAAGUUCAUUUCCCUCCUUACUUGGCUGUAAAAUUGGAAGACAUUCCAGUCAGACUUAAGCUCUGUCCUCAUAACAUUUGACUUGAGUAAUUUAAGCUGGUUUCAGCUUGACUGCAAUAAGAAGAACAAAGCUGUGGACAUAUUUCCAGAUCAAUGUACUACUUAUUUUUUCAGUUUAGAACUGAUUAAUUAACCGAGUCUGAGCUUAAACUCUCUGAGCAAAUCCAGGAUGGCAUGCUUGUUAGAACAUUCUAUUCUUCCACGUGCUUUUUCUCCUGGUAAAGGAAUAAGUAAAAAUAUUAACAUCAGCCUGAUCUGCCACAGAAUCAGUGCAUACUUUUUGACUAUUAAAUUUCUAUGCAUUAUCAUCUGAUAUGAAAGCAAAAGUUCUCUUUUCAGUGCAGUGGGGCAGAACAAAGGACAAGUGUAAUGGUGGCAGUUCUAAGUGCCUGCUAGAUUUACAUCCACAAGUAAAAGGCCAAAUCACAUGUCACAAGGCUGCCUUUGUCCUUUAACAGAAGACAGGGCAGGUACAGCCAAUCUGCAUGAACCAGACCCGCAGUAAUCAGCUUUACUGCCUCGCACUGCAGCUGCCAUGUGACACUGGGUGGCAUCUCUGCAC